GCGGGAUCCUCCUUGCGGGCUGCACCCAGCGGCCCCGGACUCGGCGGGCGAACGCUCAGGGGCCCCGAGCCGACGUUCCGAGCUGCUGGGGGGAGGGGGAGGGGCGUGGCCUCCCCUCUGGGCGGGCGGCCCCGCCGCUGGUCCGCCUCCGCGCGCCAAAAUCAAAUCGGAGACCCGCCGGCGGGAGACCCAGUGACGAGCCGGAGUCCAGCCUGCAGCGCGGCGGCGGCGCGAGCACCUGUGCCCACUUCCCAGCCACCUGCCCGACGCGCUCGGGCCGCCCCCUGUCGAGGCAUGGCCACCCCACCCAAGAGGAGCUGCCCCUCUCCCGCGACCAGCUCCGAGGGAACCCGCAUCAAGAAGAUUUCCAUCGAAGGGAACAUCGCUGCAGGGAAGUCAACAUUUGUGAAUAUCCUUAAACAAGUCUGUGAGGAUUGGGAAGUGGUACCUGAACCAGUUGCCAGAUGGUGCAAUGUUCAAAGUACUCAAGAUGAAUUUCAGCAGGAACUGACCACAUCUCAGAAAAGUGGUGGGAAUGUUCUUCAGAUGAUGUAUGAGAAACCUGAGCGAUGGUCUUUUACCUUCCAGUCAUAUGCCUGCCUCAGUCGCAUACGAGCUCAGCUUGCCUCUCUCAAUGGCAAGCUCAAAGAUGCGGAGAAACCUGUAGUAUUUUUUGAACGAUCUGUGUAUAGUGACAGGUAUAUUUUUGCAUCUAAUUUGUAUGAAUCUGAAUGUAUGAAUGAAACAGAGUGGACAAUUUAUCAGGACUGGCAUGACUGGAUGAAUAACCAAUUUGGCCAAAGCCUUGAACUGGAUGGAAUCAUUUAUCUUCGAGCUAGUCCAGAGAAAUGCUUGAGUAGAAUAUAUUUACGGGGAAGAAAUGAAGAACAAGGCAUUCCUCUUGAAUAUUUAGAGAAGCUUCACUAUAAGCAUGAAAGCUGGCUCCUGCACAGAACACUGAAAACCAACUUUGAUUAUCUUGAAGAAGUGCCUAUCUUAAUAUUGGAUGUUAAUGAAGACUUUAAAGACAAACAUGACAGUCUGGUUGAAAAGGUCAAAGAAUUUUUGAGCACUUUGUGAUCUUGCUGAAGACUUCAGGGAGCAAAAUGAUUCCAGACACUCCAGCUUUGUGUAUCUUCGUAGCUUUGUAUUUAUACAAGUCUCUUUAGAAAACCCAAGUUUUUAACCAUUUUUGUUCCCAAGAAAAAAUAAUUUUUUUAUGAGUCCUAUAUGAAAGUUUAUGACCAGCUUCUUCCUUCAUUCCCUCCUCUCUCCCUUUCUUUCUUCAUUUGUAUAAAACCAGACAUUUAAUUAUCUCUCAUGGCAAGAAGUCUGGAGGUAGAUGGUUCCAGAAUCACUAUAGUGGCUAAAGGUCCUAUAUCACUAAGGACCCACCCUCCUCUAUCUUUCCCCUGUUAUCCUCCUCAGCAGGUUGGCUUUUUUCCUGGUGCUUCUCAUCUCACUGUUGACUAGUUUCUUAACUGGAUUUCUUAAUUGGAAACUUGGUUUCAUAGAAAAUGGUAAUGUGUCCUGUGUAAAUUAGCACAAAAAGUUGGAAGUGGAAUUUAAGGAAUCUCUAGAAAAAGAAUUGUUUUAUUUUAAGUACUUUGAUCCAUUGCCUUCCCUUCUACCUCAAUUUAUGUGGAAGAUAAGAUCAGAUGUAAUAUUUAAUCAAUUCAUUGAUAUUUAUUAGUGUGUUUAUAAUACAUUCAUAGAGAAGCAAGUUAGACUAUGUUCCUAGUUUGUAAUGGCAUAUAUCUAUACUAUGGAUGAGACUUCAUCUUUUUGCAUGGAAUUUUGGAUGAUUAAAGAAGAAAUGUUUCUUAAAAUAUAGCUUUAAGUGCCCUACCUGGUUUGGCUUAGUGGAUAGAGUGGCCUGCAGACUGAAGGAUCCCAGGUUCGAUUCUGAUCAAGGGCACAUGCCCAGGUUGCAGGCUCGAUCCCCAGUAGGGGGCAUGCAGGAGGCAGCUGAUCAAUGAUUUCCUCUCAUCAUUGAUGUUUUUAUCUCUCUCCCUCUCCCUUCCUCUCUGAAAUUAAUAAAAAUAUUUUUAAAAAAUAAUAGUAACUUAUAAAUGAAGGCCUGGUGAGGUGGCUAAGUUGAUUGAAUGAUAUUCUGUGCUACUUCAGUUCCUGGUUAGGACACAUGCCUGGGUUGUGGGUUCAGUCCCCAGUUGGGACAUGUGCAGAGGGGAACCAAUUGAUGUUUCUCUCCUUUCCUCUCUCUAAGCAUGUCCUCGGGUAAGAUUUAAAAAAAAUAAAAAGAACUUACUGAAGGUUAUUACAUGAGUAAAUGAUUUUCAGACCAUUAUUUUACAAUGGAAUAUUACUAUUAUAGUUAAAAGAUAGUAAUGAUUAUCUUUAAAUCAUUUGAGGUGGAAGUAUACGUUUCUUCUCUUUUUUAAAAGUAUUUUUUUAUUGAUUUUAGGGAGAGAGGAAGGGAGAGGGAGAGAGAGAAACAUGGAUGUGUGUGAGAGAAACAUCAAUCUCUGCCUUCUGCACGAUCCCUACUGGAGAUCAAGCUAGCAACCUGGGCAUGUGCCCUGACCAGGAAUUGAACUAGAGACCUUUCCAUGCAUGGGAUGAUGUUCAACUAACUGAGCCACACCAGCCAGAGCUCUUCUCAUUCUAUAUGUAAAACAUUAGUGGGACAUAGGGAGAGAUACAUUUUUCCACUUUAUUCUUUAUUGACUCUGCACUGGGAACGAGGAGUCUUUUAUUACCUUUAUAUAGUUUGUAAGAAGUCAAAAGAAAAACUGAAGACAAGGUAGAUAAUCUUAGGAGUGUAGUCUAUUUAGUCCCACCUGUUAUUUCCUGCCUCAUCCUGGUUUUGCUCCUGUCAGAAUUAAUUAGACAGCCUGCUAUUGUAAACACACAUUCUGCUUUGAGAACAUUAUGAUUAUUCUUCACUUCAUGGUUGGCUUUGCUUCUCUGUCCCCCCUCUCCCUUUUUAAGGGAAAUUACUGAUAAUAAAUGAUCUUGCUUUGCUUUAUUUGUUACAUAUCUUGAAAGCAUUAUUAUUUCUUUUGAAUAUAUAUUGGAAAAUAUAUUAAUAAAGGAGAAAAAGGGUAAAAUAGGUGUAAUUUAAAAAAUCUUGGAUUCAUUUUUAUUCUGUAUAUAAAAGAUUUUUUCAAGUUUAGUUAAAUGUGAGGUGUUUUUUCUAUGUAUAUACCCUUUCUACUUGACAUUUUAGAAAAAUUUUGUUUUUGAAGUGGGGGGAAGAGUCACUUUUUAUUUUGAAAUUAUCAUUUUCCUUUUCAAAAUGUCUUGUUUUGUUUCUUGAGAUAAUUUAGUGGGUUAAACAUUCUAGAUGUCCUGAUCUUUGAAAGGGAAACUGCAUUUUAAAUUUGUAAUCAAACCCGGCCAGUGUGACUCAAUGGUUGAGCAUCAACCUAUGAACCAGGAGUUCACAGUUUGAUUCACAAUCAGGGCACAUCCCCGGGUUGUGAGCUCCAUCUCCAAGAGGAGAUGUGCAGGAGGCAGCCGAUAGAUGAUUCUCUCUCAUUGAUGUUUCUAUCCCUCUCUUUCUCUCCCUUCUCUGAAAUCAAUUAAAAAAUUAAAAAAAAAAUCUAUAAUCACCAUGAGUAUUUAACCUAUUUCAUGAUGUAUGUGUGUGUUUUUUAUUUGAUAUACAUCAGUUUGUUUAUUAAAUUAAACAUUUGCUUAAUAAAUAAGUAUAAAUCUCA